AUUCACAAAAGUUGAUAGAAGUUUCUUCCAUCCUUCCUAGGAAAUCUGUCCAUUUAUUACCCAUUCCGCUGUGACUCAAGCUACCCCAUAAAAGGGGUAGGUCAACAAACCCAGAAACGGGCGAGAAAGCAUUUUUCGUUGAGCUCCACAGACUUCUCAUUUCUUCCGUAAUAUUACCCUCAAUUCCUCAAAGCACGAUGUCUUUCCCAAAUUACCCCCACCACCCCUCUCUAUCUACCCUUCUACCAGCCAUGGGCCAAAUCCUCAGUGCGAGACGAAGCUCGAAGCGGAAGCGGGAGCCAGAAUCCGAAGACCAAAACCAGGCUUGCAAGGUUGUCGUCGUCGAAGACCCAAACAAAGAAGAAAAAGCAGUUGAGGCCCCAGCAGCAGAAGUAGACGCUGAUGCAUCAUUAGUAGAAGGAUCUCUGCAAGAAAACAUGACGACUGAAGAGAUGAACCGCAUGAAAGAAGAAAACAAGGUAUCGAGGAAGGUAAUAGAAGAAAAAAUGAAAGAUUACCAUGAUUUACUGAUGAAAUUCGCCACAAUUCAGCUAAAUAACCAAGAAAAGGAUCCUCAGUCCUUUCUUUCGCUUCGUGGUAACAACGAGGCUAGUCAAGAACCAAACACAAUUCCUAAAAUUCUAGGUGUCACUAACCAAAGACUGUCACCGUCACACAAGGAUGCUAUUAGGGAGAGUGAAUUAGGGUUGUCACCGAGGCUACAUACAUAUAUUGAAGAACAAGAACAAGUGGAAGGUAAAAAUCAGCAAGAAGAAAAAUAUGAAAUUAUUACCCAAUCAAACUCAACCACAAGAAGCACCUUGUCUUCCAUGGCUACGCCAACCCUUCCGUCAUCUUUUGAAUCUCGAUGCGAUCAUGAUGUUUUCUUGAGUUUUAGAGGUAAAGACACCCGCAAGAAUUUCACUGAUCACCUCUACUCCGCCUUGGUGCAAGUAGGAAUUCGUACCUUCCGAGAUGGCGAGGAACUUCCGAGAGGGGAGAACAUGCCUACCGAACUUCUCAACGCCAUUCGAGGGUCAAAGAUUUCCAUUGUGAUUUUCUCCAAAGGCUAUGCUUCUUCCAGGUGGUGCCUCGAUGAGCUUGUGGAAAUUAUAAACUGUAAGAAUACCAUAGGCUGCACUCUUCUUCCGAUAUUUUAUCAUGUGGACCCUUCGGAUGUUCGAAAACAGACAGGAACUUUUGUAGAAGCCUUUGUUAGGCAUGAAAAGUGGUUUCAAACUGAUAUGGAGAGGGUGCAGAGGUGGAGGAAAGCUCUUAGUGAAGCUGCAAAUUGCUCCGGCUGGGAUCUCGAAAGUGUUGCAAAUGGGUAUGAAUCAAGAUUCAUCAAAGAGAUUGUUGAAGAAGUUUUGUGUAAAGUGAACCCCGGUCGCAUGAAUGUUGCCAAACACCCAAUAGGAAUGGAGUCUCGUGUUCAUCAUAUUAAAGAUUUAUUAAAUCUUGGAACAAGUGACGUUCGCAUUGUGGGCAUUUACGGAAUGGGUGGAAUAGGAAAAACAACCCUAACAAAAGCUGUUUAUAAUGAAAUUUGUGUUGCAUUUGAAGGAAGUAGUUUUCUUUCAAACCUUAAAGAAAGUUCAGAAAAGCCCAAUGGCUUAGUUCAGUUACAAGAACAACUGCUUCAUGAUAUCUUGAAAACGAAUUUAAAGAUUGGUAAUGUUGAUAGAGGAAUCAGUAUAAUUGAGGAAAGAAUUCAUGAGAAAAAGGUUCUUGUUAUUCUUGAUGACGCAGAUGAUUGUGAAAAGCUACACGCGUUAGGUGAAAAGCAUUGGUUUGGCCCAGGAAGUAGAAUCAUUGUAACAACUAGAGAUGAACAUUUGUUAAGUCAAUUGGGAGUAGAUGAAAAAUAUAAAGUAGAAGAAUUGAAUCAUAGGGAGUCUCUUCAACUGUUCAGUUGGCAUGCCUUCGAGAUGGUUGAUCCAAAACAAGAUUACUUAGAGCUUACAAUUGAAGCAGUGGAUUAUGCUGGAGGAAUUCCAUUAGCUCUUGUGGUUUUGGGUUCUUUUCUUAAAGGAAGAAGCAUUGCUGAAUGGAAAAGUGAAUUGAAAAAAUUACAAAGAGUUCCUCAUAACAAGAUUCAAAAAAUACUUAGAAUAAGUUUUGAUUCACUGGACAAUUCUACAAAGGACAUAUUCCUUGAUAUUGCAUGUUUCUUUGUCGGUAUGGACAAAGAAUAUGCAAUCAAAAUACUCGAUAGUUGUAAUUUCUCUCCAGGGAUUGGUAUCUCUAUUCUCAUUCAGAGGUCACUUGUGACAAUUGAUUACCAAAAUAAGUUGAAGAUGCAUAAUCUGAUUCAAGAUAUGGGAAGGGAAAUUGUUUGUGAAGAAUCACCUAAAUAUCCAGGAAAACGCAGUAGGCUAUGGUUUCACGAGGAUGUCUUAAAUGUACUACACAAGCAUACGAUACUCAACAAUUUGAAGGUCCUUAAUCUUAGCAAUUCCAAAUGUCUCACCAAAUCACCAAACUUCUCACAAGUCCCACAACUGGAGAUACUGAUACUUGAAGGUUGCACAAGCUUGGUUCAGGUUCAUGAGUCCAUUGGAUAUUUGAAAAGACUUGUUUUAUUAAAUUUAAAAAAUUGUACAAACCUCAAGGUCCUUCCAAGAAGCAUUUGUAACCUAAAAUCUCUUGAAACUCUCGACUUGUCUGGUUGCUCAGUACUUGAAAAAUUACCAAAGUAUAUGGGGGAUAUGAUGGAUUUAACGAAGCUACCUAUAGACCAAACUGCUAUCAAGAAACUACCAUCUUCCUUUGGUGUUUGCAAGAAUCUCAAAUAUGUAUCAUUAUAUGGAUGUAGUAGUCUCACUGAAUUACCAAACUUCUUACAAGCCCCACAUCUGGAGUGUCUGGUACUUGAAGGUUGUACAAGCUUGGUUGAGAUUCACGAGUCCAUUGGACAUUUAAAAAGACUUAUUUUGCUAGAUUUACAAAGAUGUGAGAACCUUAGGAAUCUUCCAAACAACAUUUCUAAAUUAGAAUCUCUUGAAACUCUUGACUUAUCUAAGUGCUUUAAUCUUGAAAAGUUGCCAGAGCAAUUGGGAAAUAUGACGGCUUUAACGGAGCUAUUUGUGGAUAACACUGCUAUUAAGAAAUUACCAUCCUCCUUUAGCCUUUUGAAGAAUCUUGAAACUUUAUCAUUACGUGGAUGUGAAUGCCUCAUCGAAUUACCAGAGUUCUUACAAACCUCACGUCUAGAGACACUAAUUCUUGAAGAUUGUACAAGCUUGGUUGAGGUUCACAAGUCUAUUGGACUUCUUAAAAGACUUGUUUGCCUAAGUCUAGGAGGAUGCAAGAAGCUUAAGAAUCUUCCAAAUAGUAUUUCUAACUUAGAACUUCUUGAAACUCUUGUGUUGUCUGACUGCUUAGAACUUAACAAGUUACCGGAACAACUGGGGAAUAUGAUGGCUUUAAAGGAGCUACUUGCAGAUAGAACUACUAUUGAGCAACUACCCUCUUCCUUUGGUCUUUUGAGGAAUCUCGGAAUUGUACGAUUAUCUGGAUGUGGAGGACCACCCCAAUCAUGGAUAUCACUCAAAAGCUCCAUCCACAUAAAUUUGUUAGUUUCCAUUUCUGGAUUAUGUUCAUUGACAAAACUGGAUCUUAGUGACCGCAAUUUGUCUGAAGAUGAGUUUCCCAUUGAACUUGGAUGUUUAUCUUCUCUCAGAGAAUUGGUUUUAUCUAGAAACAAUUUUCUUAAUCUACCUAGUUGCAUCAACUACCUUCCUGCAUUAUCGGAUUUGUUUGUGAAUGAGUGUACUACUCUUCAAUCAAUCUCACUCCCCAUAAGUUUACAACUUUUGGAAGCAAAUGGUUGCACAUCAUUGGAAAGAAUCUUAAUUUUGACGAACAAGAGUUUAGGAUCUUUUUACCUUAAUAAUUGCCACAAACUGGUUGAAAUUCAAAGUUUGAACAGUGUGCAAUGUGCAUCAAAUGUUCUCAUGGGAAGGUGCAACAAUCUAGCAUAUGAUUUUAGAAAAAGUAUUCUCCAGAUGCUGUGCAAGACAGAUAGCAGUUCCCUUUGCCUCCCCGGAAGUGAGAUUCCAAAUUGGUUUAGCCAUCAGACAAUCGGUUCUUUAAUAUCCUUUCAUGUACCUUCCUUUUUGGAUGGUAAAAUGGGCAAGGUGCUUGUUUGCGUUGUUUAUGCAGCAAACAAGGAAGUACCCAGAGUGUUAGAUCUACAGGGUUGGUUCGACUGGACAUUCUGUAAUAAAACUAAAAAUCCCCAAGAGUCAUACAAGAUAGAGUCCAGAAACUGCUAUUUUGAUAGCUUUGAAGAUCAUAUAUUUCUAGCCAUGAUGCAAUUUCAUCAUAUUAAUCUUGAGAUGAAAAGUGGAGACGAAAUAGAGCUGUCUAUUGAUCUUGGAGACCAGAGUCAAGUGAAGAAGUGUGAAAUACAAGUGAAGAAGUGUGGAAUUCAUCUACUAGUUGAUGAGCCAAAUGUUAUAGAUGAAGAUGGAGUUUUUCGUUACCCAAAAUUCUCCCUCUCUCUCUCUCUCUCUCUGUGUCUCUCGCUUUCCCUUCUUUCAACCCAGAAUCUGUAUUUUUUUCGUUACCCAGAAAUCCUAAUCAAAGUCUCGGCCAUCAAAACCCAGAAACUGAGCGUUAAACCCAAACCACGAUUUCUUUUCCAAACUAGCCCCCACCAUCCCUCUCUAUCUGCCACUCUACUAGCUAUGGGCCAAAUCAUCAGUGUCAUACGACGAAGCUCGAAGCGGAAGCGGGAGCCAGAAUCCGAAGACCAAAACCAGGCUUCCAAGGUUCUUGUCGUCGAAGGCCCAAACAAAGACGUCCAAUCAAGCUCAACCCCAACAAGUACCUCAUUUUCCAAACCUCAUUGGAAUUACGAUGUCUUCCUGAGUUUCAAAGGUGAAGACACCCGCAAGAACUUCACCGAUCACCUCUACUCUACCUUGGAGAGAGUUGGAAUUCAUACCUUUCGAGAUGACGAGGAGCUUGGAAGAGGGAAGACCAUCUGUACUGAACUACGAAAUGCGAUUCAUGGAUCAAGAAUUUCCAUUGUGGUUUUCUCCAAAGACUAUGCUUCUUCCAGGUGGUGCCUUGAUGAACUUGUAGAGAUCGUGCAUUGUAAGAAUACCGUAGGCCACACUCUUCUUCCUAUAUUUUAUCACGUUGACCCCUCGGAUGUUCGAAAACAAACUGGAACUUUUGCAGAAGCCUUUGCUAGGCAUGAAAAGUUGUUUCCUACUGAUAUGGAAAGGAUACAAAGGUGGAGGAAAGCUCUUACUGAAGCUGCGAAUUGUUCUGGCUGGGAUCUUGAAAGCGUUGCAAAUGGGUAUGAAUCAAGAUUCAUCAAAGAGAUUGUUCAAGAAGUUUUGUGUAAAGUGAACCCUGCUCACUUGGAUGUUGCCAAACACCCAAUAGGAAUGGAGUCUCGUGUUCAUCAUAUUAAAGAUUUAUUAAAUCUUGGAACAAGUGAUGUUCACAUUGUAGGCAUUUACGGAAUGGGUGGAAUGGGAAAAACAACCCUAGCAAAGGCUGUCUAUAAUGAAAUAUGUGGUGCAUUUGAAGGAAGUAGUUUUCUUUCAAACCUUAAAGAAAGUUUAGAAAAGCCCAAUGGCUUUGUUCAUUUACAGGAACAACUUCUUAGUGAUAUCUUGAAAACGAAUUUGAAGAUUGGUAAUGUUGAUAGAGGAAUCAAUAUAAUUAAGGAAAGAAUUCAUGGAAAAAAGGUUCUUGUUAUUCUUGAUGAUGUGGAUGAUUUUGAAAAAUUACGCAUGUUAGUCGAAAAGCAAUGGUUUGGUCCAGGCAGUAGAAUCAUUAUAACAACUAGAGAUGAGCAGUUGCUUACUCAACUUGAAGUACAUAAGAAAUAUAAGGUUGAGGAAUUGAAUAAUUGGGACUCUCUUCGACUUUUCUCCUAUCAAGCCUUUGGGAUGGCCCUUCCAAUAGAUGAUUACCAGGAGCUUUCGAUUAGUGCAGUGAAGUAUGCAAGAGGACUUCCAUUAGCUCUUGUGGUUUUGGGUUCUUUUCUCAAAGGAAGAAGCAUUGAUGAAUGGAAAAGUGAAUUGAAAAAAUUACGAAGAACUCCUCAUGACAAGAUUAAAAAAAUACUUUGAAUAAGUUUUGAUUCACUAGACAGUUCUACCAAGGGGCAUUUUUCUUGAUAUUGCAUGUUUCUUUGUUUGUAUGGACAAAGAAUAUGUUAUCAAAAUACUCGAUGGGUGUAAUUUCUCUCCAGGGAUUGGUAUUUCUAUUUUCAUUCAAAGGUCACUUGUGACAAUUGAUUACCAAAAUGAGUUGAAGAUGCAUAAUUUGAUUCUAGAUAUGGGAAGGGAUAUUGUUUGUGAAGAAUCACCCCGAUAUCUAAAAAAACGCAAUAGAUUGUGGUUUCACGAUAAUGUCUUAAAUGUACUAGACAAACGUAUAGUAAGAGGCAUAUUCAUUUACAUACAUAAACACUUGCGCGCACACACAUGCAUAAUAUACGUGUUGUGUAUGUAUGCAUGAGAGAAUUGCCUUUUUGCCUAUCUUGCUUUAUAGUUUGACCAACAUAACUCAAGUGAUUGACUUCAAAUUCAAAACUUCUCUAUGUCAAGUCAGGACCGUCAGGUAGUUUACAACAUUACAAUGAUAUGCAAUCAUGAUAUAAGCAAGUCUAAUCAUGUUCAAAUUACUUUAGUAUUCCUUUUUAAUUUAUGGUGAGAAUAUAUAGGCCUACUCUAGUUUAAAGUUAUUCUAGCUUUAUGCAAGAUUAGAAUGUGCAUUGCUAUUCCAACCAUCUGGAGCAAUCUUAAACUGUCAAGGGUCUCAUCUUAAAUCUCUAUGUACUUGAAGAUGUAAAUUUGAAAACUAAAGCAUUUACAAAUGAAGAAUUUAAGAUUGCUCCAAAUCAAUUAGGUACAUUCACAGGAUCUUAUGAACAUUUCUCUAAAGAGCUAAAUUGGCUUUGUUGGCAUGAGUAUCCCUCGGAAUUUCUACCACAAAGGUUUCAUCUUUAGAACCUUGUUAUUCUUGACGUGCAGGAUAAUAAUAAUGUCAAAUAAGUUUGGAAGAA